AUGCGUUUGGGUUUGAGUCCUUUCAAGCUUGCUCUGACAGCAUCAUUUCUCGUGUCUGAAUCUCUGGCGCAAUGCCCUGAUUAUACCACCUACUCGCAGAUGCCUCACGACCCUGUUUCUUCGGGUCCUUUGGCUUUACCCUACAUGAGGCCAGCACCUGCAUGUCGUACAUUCAAUAGCACCGCUGUCGAGAAAGUAAUAACGGAUAUGAAAUCUCUGCUUAAAGACCCCGACCUGGCAAGGCUGUUUGAAAACACUUUCCCCAAUACACUGGAUACCACUGUUAAAUACUUCAGCAAGUCGGAGAACUUGGCCUUCAUCAUUACUGGGGAUAUUACAGCUCAGUGGCUUCGUGAUACUGCCAAUCAGUUCGCACAUUAUCAUUCGUUGCUCUCAGUCGAUCCAGAUCUCGCAACACUCGUGAAAGCUGUGAUAAACAACGAAGCACGCUACGUGGCUCAAUACCCCUACUGCGGCUCUUUCCAGCCCCCGCCAGAGAGUGGGCUUGCCCCUUCCCAUAAUGAUUGGGCAGACGGCGUAACAGUCAACCCGCAAGAUUGUGACCCUAGACCUGUGAAUAAUCAAACAGUGUUUGAAUGCAAGUAUGAAUUAGAUUCCCUAUGCGGCUUCUUGAAACUCUCGAGGUCCUAUUACAAUGCCACAGGGGACUCUUCAUUCAUGAACGCAAACUGGCGCGAUGCAAUAGAUCAGAUUUUCCGUGUCAUCAAUGAGCAAUCGCAGGGUUCCUUUGACGAGAACUUCAAUUUUAUCUCUUACUACAAUUGGACUGGUGGAAACCAUGCACUAUCACCUGCUGUUGACAACGGGGGUAAUGGCGAGCCCAAGGCCUACACCGGUUUAGUUGGAACGCACCAUCGGCCUUCGGAUGAUAUCAGUGUUUUUGCUUUCCUUACUCCCGCCAAUGCCAUGUUGAGCGUGGAGUUGACGAAUUUGGCGCACUUAUUGGAUAGCACUGGCCAACUUCGCAAUGUUAGUCAACAAGCCAAAGAAUGGAGCGCUAGGAUCGAAGAUGCUAUAUGGAAAACGACGGUUGUAGAUAACAUUUUUGCAUACGAAACCAAUGGUUUCGGUGGAAGAUACGUUAUGGAUGACGCCAAUGUGCCAUCACUUCUAUCCCUCCCUUACCUUGGCUUUUUGGAUAAACAACAUCCGGCCUAUGUUGCAACAAGGAAGCUUCUUCUCUCCAAAGGAAACCCGUAUUAUGCCGCUGGCCAAAAAUUCAACGGAAUUGGAGGACCUCACGUUGAUGCGUGGCACCCUUGGCCAAUGUCGCAUAUCUCUGCGAUUUUUGGCACUGAUGAUGAUGCAGAAAUUCUUCAACAUCUUUAUCUCAUUGCUAAUAAUACGAACGGACUGGGUCUCAUACACGAGUCGCAAUCUAUUUACGACCCUACAUCGUACACCAGGAGUUGGUUUGCUUGGGCAAACAGCUAUUUUGCAGAGAUGAUUCUGGAUUUAGCCGACAGAAAACCGGGUCUUAUUUUGAAGCAGAAUAAGAGCUAUAAGCCGGGCCAUAGCAAAUAG